AUGAUUUUCCCAAUAUUACUUCUGAUUUCUCUAACUUCAUCCACCGAAUUCUUCAUUCAAGGUUCAAUGAAAUGCAAUUUGAACUCGAAUUUCGAAGUUAGUCUUGAACUAUUGGAAGAAGAUCUCAUUUAUGCCACUUCGGAUUUGAUAAAAUCGAAGGAUUUGGGAGUUAAGGCGUCGAAUGUAUCACACAAUUUUAAUAUAAGGGGAACUUAUGAUGAGGGAGAUGGGAUUUUGGUGAGUUUCAGCGUUUUCAGCGCAAAAUUUGGGUCUAGAAACUUUUUUUUCCAAAAUUUUCAGAAAAUUUCUCUAGAUCAAAAUUUUUCGCUGGAAAUGCUGGAAAUAUCAGUUUUCAGAGAUCUCGACUAUUUUCAGCGUUUUCAGCGCAAAAUUUGAGUCUAGAAGUGAUUUUUGGGGAAAUCUGGGAAGUUUUGAAGAAUAGAUCAUAACUAUUCAACAAGCCUUCCAGAACCAUAAAAAAUUUAUCUAGAUCAAAAUUUUGCACUGGAAAUGCUGGAAACACUAAUUUCCAGCGAAACCUAGCGUUUCCAGCGUUUUCAGCGCAAAAUUUGAGUCUAGAAGUGAUUUUUUGGGAAAUCAGUAAAGAAUUGAACAAUAGAUCCGAAAGUUUCAAUUGGACUUUCAGGAGCCCUAAAAAUGUUCCCAGAUCAAAAUUUUGGGCUGGAAACGCUUGAAAUAUUAAUUUUCAGCGAAACCUAGCAUUUCCAGCGUUUUCAGCGCAAAAUUUGGGUCUAGAAGUGAUUUUUGGGAAAUCAGUAAAGUAUUGAACAAUAGAUCCGAAAGUUUCAAUUGGACUUUCAGGAGCCCUAAAAAUGUUGCCGGAUCAGGAUUUUGUGCUGGAAAUGCUGGAAACACUAAUUUUCAACGAAACCUAGCGUUUCCAGCGUUUUCAGCGCAAAAUUUGGGUCUAGAAGUGAUUUUUAGCGAAGUUCAGGAAGUUUUGAAGAAUAGAUCACAACGAUUCAACAAGCCUUCCAGAACCCUGAAAAUGUUCCUAGAUCAAAAUUUUGCGCUGAAAACUCUGAAUCCUCCAAACCCCAAAAUUUCCCAGGACGACGAAUAUGAGCCAAUGUUAAUAAUCCAUCACAAUUGUAUGAGCACACCUGGAGCAGUGGGAAAUGUUCUGCGAAGAUUCAAAUCAGUUCCAAUUUCAACACCAGCGGUGAACUUGACAGGAUUAACUUUUAAAUUGGAUGAUCGUAAAGAUCUGAAUACCACACCAUUGUGA